AUGAGCGAGCCCCGAGGAAAAGAGAUCGAGGAUCUCACCGUCCUCUGGACGGAUCUCGCCCUCUCCGACGACGAGGAGAGGGCCCUGGCCGCCCCGCUGCCAUCGACGUCGCCACCAUCAGCGACGCAACCGCCGACGUCAUCGCCGACGUCACCGCCGACGUCAACGCCAACGUCACUGACGAUGUCACCGCCGCUACCACCAGCGAGCCCACCGCCGCCGUCGUCAAGGCCGCCGAACCCCCAAGUACCAGCAAGGGGGACAAGGAUUCAGCGGUCGGACACGACACAAUGUCGAAAAACGCUGAUGUUGCCUACGGCUCCGUUGCCCCCACCACCCGGGCGCCGAGGACGCCAGCCCAAGGCACUGGCAGCAACAACGAGGGCUACCACCCGCCCCACACGGCCGCCGACGACUCCGCCGCCGCAACGACCGCCGCAACGACCGCCGCCGCAGCAACGGCCACCGCCGCAACGGCCGCCACCACCGCCACAACGGCCGCCACCACCGUCGCAACGGACGCCGCCGCAGCCGCAACGAACAGCAGGGACACCUCUCCCGCCGACGACGCGACCACCCUCGGGUCCGAUCCCCGUCCAACCGCCGAGAAUACUCCGACCGGUCGGCCCAAGGCCACCGCCGCCGGUCCUCGUCGAAGUGGAGCCCGGCGUCCAUAAGCUCGUCCUCCACGCGGCCAUCCACAUCAGCCGUUGCUACCGCCUGCGAACACCUGAGGGGCGGUGGAUGCUCCGAUUCCACGCGGACGGCCAGUUCCGGUCCAGUCGCCGCCUACCGGACGACCCCUCUGCCAGGGGGGUGAUUUAA